AUGGUCCGGGCUACGGAUAUUCGAUCUCGAGAGAAGUCCUUGGGCUUCAAAUGGGAGCGUACUGUAUCUCGAGCGAAAGACUGCCAGAAGUAUCCCAUCAUCAAAGAACUCAACGCCGAGCUGAAGAGGAUCACGGAAAGUUAUCAGGGACUAAGGCAGAUAGAGCUCCUCGAGUCCACUGAGCUUGAGAAGGAAGCCAACGUCCUUUUCGACGAUCUUGGUCCAAAGUUGUGGCCAGCUGACGGAGACGUCAAUCAUGUGCGGAGUCAGUGGCUUGCUGUGUCUGCUGUCGAUAAUCUUGCCGGCUUCUACCCUCAUGAUCUUUACUUUGAGCAGACCGACCACAACGAGCGGUUGCGUAUCGUUUUCUACGAGUGGGUAGUGGCCAAGUCCAUGCAAUAUGUCCGGAACCACAAACCUAACCACAUCAAUCACGUAAUUCUGCAAGACGAUCCCACGCUCGCAACCGAGGACCAGCUCGGCAUAACCGCGCUUUGCACGAAUCUGGACGACCGAAAUCACACCGCGAAGUCUCGCGAGAGAACGUCAUUAUUCUCUCUCAACGACGCGAAGGAAGACACCGGCAUUGGCGACCGGCGUGAUUCAAUGUGA